AUGGAUAGAGGAACAUACAAUCUACUCAGCCAAAGGUUGGAUUAUUUGGAGCUAGUGGCAAACACAAAACACAAACUUGAUGACGCCACCCCCUCGUAUCUCGCGAGACUAUCGAAGGUCAACAACGAUCUCAAUCAACUCAUCAUCUCCAACCAUCCUUCGUUUCUAAGGAUCAUCGAACUAUUCAAACAGUAUGGUCUAUGGGAUAGUAUAGUACUGGAGGACUCUCCAAAUAAUAUCAAUGACCCUGAUCCGUCGUCAAUUGAGGCCCGAAAGUUGAUGUUGUUGGCGAAUCAUGAAUAUUUUGUAUCCUUGAUCACCAAAAUCCAGAGUCUUAUGAACCUCAACCCCCACGAAGUUAUUCACAACCGCUUUCCGGUACAAGUCGUAGAGCAUCAGCAAUUGUUGGGAGAGUUGCAGCAGUUUUUGACAGCCGAACUUAUUCCCAAGAGAUUCAACCCGUUAAUCAUCAAUUCCAUAACGGUGAUUGAACGAUACGUUGAAAUUAUCAAUGAUUAUAACUUGGAAAUCGACCGCUUGAAAAACCAAUUAAUGGAAUUCAAUUUAUCAAUCACCAAGAAGAAGCUACAAAAGGAGCGAGAGGUUGGCGAAAACAGUUAUUAA